AGUUGGUAGAGAAAAGGGAAAUGGCUGAUCAAUGUCCCUAUCUCGAGAAAUUGGCGUCCUUGAAUUCUGAGAAACGGAAUGGAAGCAGUGCCAACAAAACUGUUGCUGAGGGAAGAUUACUCCAACUGCUAGAAGGACAGACGGUGCCAGUUCAAAUGGACAAUUUACCUACUGUACCGCCAUCUUGGUACAAUCCGAUUAAAUUUCAACAAGGCCAAAAUUUUGCCCGCCGGCAUUUUGCGGGCAUUUCAUUAGCUCACUUCGUGUCCCUCAUCACCAUGCUAACAUCCCCUCAAAUUCUCAAGCCGCUCAUUUUUACGCAAAAAUCCGAGACUGUCUUGAAAUCUUUCAAACGUUACGUUGGUACGGUAGUUCACGUAACGUCCUGGUAUUUUGGAGACGUGUGGCAGAAGGAUGAUCCAGCUCGACGAUCCAUCCAGAUGGUGCGUAACAUGCACGAUCACGCAUCUCGCCAAAUCAAUCAUCCCGAUCGACGGCCGCAAGUUGACAACACGGCGAUGGCUGAAUGUGGUCAACCUUUCGAUGACCCUUCAAUGCUACCAUGUCUUCAAAUGGACACUCAAGAGUUGGCCGGAUGUCCGUACGUUGAACUGAGACGUCAAGUCAACAGCAAUCAGGAAGAUCCUUACGUCUACUUCAAUCAAUUCGACAUGGCCGAUUCUCAAUUCGCUUUCGUUGGGGUAAUUGUUCUCUUUCCACACAAAUUCGGUGCCACCUACGCUACUGACGACGAACUCCGGGGAUUCAUCCAUUUCUGGCGAUGCAUAGGAUAUUUACUUGGCAUUGAAGACCGUUUUAACUUUUGCGACGACGACAAUUUGGACCUCACAAGGGACCUGUGCCGUCAAUACCUGGACAAAAUGAUUAAACCGGCCUUGAAGGAUGCCUCAGCUGAAUUCGAGCAUAUGGCAAGAGCAGUGGCGAAAGGAGCAAGUUUGUACUAUCCGGGUGUAUCCUUUGAGAGUCUGUUUGCAUAUUACGCAAACGUUGUUGGUUUACCAAACACUAAUUUCGUUAAGCACAUGCAGAUCUUCCAGUGGUUCUACUUUUGGUAUUUACGUCUAGUGUUCUCUGUCCUUUGUUGGAUUCCAGGAGUCAUCCGGUUAUUUAGUGCAAUGACACUCUUUGCCAUCGGCUUGGUUGUGGCUCGAUCAGACACUGCCAGUUGGUGGCCAAAGAGCUGGAAACCGCCACAGGUUGGCGGACUCGACGUAUUUUGGAAUUUAACAUCCAAAGCUAAAGAGGAGAAAAGUCCACAAUAAAAUUGGUACAUCAUAGUGCUUAAAACUCCGGUUUGUUGAUCCUCGAAUCGAUACAUAGAAAUUGAAAUUGUCCCAAAGCGACGCUCAUUUGGGAAUAAAACACGUGCAGCCAUUUGUUCAGUAAUCGGCUUAAUAAUCAUGAUCAUGUAAAUGUUGAUACUAACUAUAUGUCAUGUCAAACUACCAAUAAGCUUCUAUCAAAGGUAACCACUGCUUCGAAUGCAACAAACCCUGUUUAAUAUGUUCAUCAUCAAUGACUAAAUAAGUUAUAAAUAAAAAAAUAAGCUGUACUCCACACUAAUGGUGAAGCCAUCUAAUCCAACACUUUUCAUCUGAAUACUGACGUAAAAUUUAAAUAAUUUUAUAGCAUGACUUCAAAAGAUAACAGCUAUCACCAAAUUCUGAUUAUCAUGAAAAUUGAAGUAUUGAAUACAGAAUACAUGCCAUGGAUUGAUUACAAAAUGGAUUCAU